UGGCGCAGAUAGUUUUAUGUAACUGUUGCUUGUACCGAAAUAAGGAGUCGUUUGGUCAGAACCCCAGCUGUGCCUCGCCUGGACUUAGUCGGGACUCACUGAAAUGUCAGGGUGAGAGAAACUGAAGCCCGUCAUGCCUGCUGUCAACAUGGACGGAAUGCUCGUAUAUAUCAUGUCGAGUGUGGUGCUAUUUCUGUGUGUAUAUCCGCGAGCGUCUUCUGUCAGUCUGAAAACAUUCAGCUACAGAUGGAUGAACGGGACCUUCCGCCAAAUGUCAUACCCAAGAACCCAACAUGGCGACUGUGUUUAUGACGCCACACGGUAUCGAGUCACGUGCGUCAAAAAUCACCCCUAUGACGCCAUAACGUCAACAUGGCGGCACAAGGCGGAGAAUGUUUCGUACGUCGCCGUGAACUGCCGCGCUCAGAGAAUAUACACAGGCCAUUAUGAGAAGUGUGUAUGUAAAGACAGGACGAUGGCAGCACAUCCGCACAAACAAACGCAGAGAGAUUCCUAUGUGUUUUGCCAGCUUGAUGCGAUAUACCGUGACAUGCUCCAGCCGCUGUCCAACCUAGAAGUCCUGGACCUCGCUCACAAUCAUCUGUUCCGAAUUCCUCCGCACUGUUUCGAUGAUAUGGCGAAGAUGAAGCUGCUUUCACUCAGCAACAAUCAGAUCGAGCAUUUCUUUGACAGCCUCCUGUGUAACGUGUCCAGUCUGGAGGUUCUGCUCCUGCAGGAUCUACCUCUAACCUCUUUCCCGGGGAAUCUGUUUUAUUGUGCCGCGGACUUCCGGUCAAGCGUCCAAGUUAUUGAUGUCAGCCAUUCGAAAAUAUCAGCUCUGAAAAGAGAAGACUUUAAGUCUCUAAGUCAGCUUGGUCUUCUUGAUAUUUCUUACAACGAACUAGCCGCGCUUCCUGAAGAACCAUUCUUUGGGCUGUCAUCUUUACAAACUCUUGACAUCUCAGGGAAUCAUUUUACUGAACUGCCUAAGUCCUUCUGUGGUGGUAUUGAACACGUCGAACGGCUUGUCAUCAAUGACAACGAGCUUGAGAGCUUCAAUUGUUCAAUAUUUGAAACAUGUAGUAACUUAGAAUACUUAUCGCUAUCAGAUGGAGUAAUUUCAAAUAUAACUGGGUCAUCUUGUCGACUUGAUGCCCUAAAACAUCUCGAUCUUUCAAGAAACCACCUGUCCCAUAUACCGCUACGGUUACUGCAUAACGAUUCGGUGAUAGAGUUUAUCGAUAUAAGCCAAAACAUGCUGGAGGGGAUAGGCAUUGAGACAUUUCAUGACAUGACAAGAUUAAAGGAUUUGAAUAUGAGUUAUAAUCAAAUUGCUAAAAUCGAUGACACAUUCCAGAAAGCAUUUCUACACCUACACAAUCUGGAAGUUUUAGAUUUAAAACAAAGUCAAAUCCACCAUUUGAAUAACAAUAGUUUUAUAUCACUGCUAUCUCUCAAAGAAUUAUAUCUCUCAGAUAAUUAUAUACAACAAGUGUAUGCAGAAUCGUUCACGGGGCUUGGAAACAUUAGCAAACUCUAUCUACAGUCAAAUAACAUUAGUGUAAUUGAGAAGGGAUCUUUUUCCCAGAUGAAACGCCUUAAAGUCUUGGAUCUGUCACGAAAUCACUUAGUUCACCAUGCUAUAGAGUAUCCAUCGUCCCUGAGGCAGUUGCACUUGAGCCACAACAAGAUCAGUACAAUGAAAUCCAUGGGCAACCUCUUCAAACUCCAGGAACUAUAUCUCCAGGGUAACGACAUCAGUUACAUUGCGUCGGAUUGGUUUAAAAACAUGACGAGUCUUCAAAUAGUUGACAUGAGCGAGAACAGACUGUCGACCAUCAGCGAUGGGCUGUUUUCAACACUUCCGAAACUAGAGGAGCUUAGCUUAAAGAGCAAUGGACUGACUCUCGACUUUGCAAAAGACCUGUUUCAUGAGUCUAAGCUUAUGCGCAGACUUGACCUCAGUGAGAACCAUAUAAUGAACAUUGAUAAAUUAUUGGAUGGAAUCUCACUGAGACAUCUAGAACAUCUUGAUCUCUCUUUCAACAACAUCCAAGCUAUCAGAGCACCUUUAAACAACAGGAAUGAAUCUGUAGCUCUGAAGUGGCUCAACCUCGAAUCGUGUGGUAUUGAAUCUGUGGUUCGCGAUGCCUUCAUUAAUAUGGAUGUUCUGGAAUAUGUCAAGCUUGUUAAUAAUUCCAUCACGUUCGUACCAUUAUUUAAUGCCCGUCUUGGUGCCAUGUUUUUCGUCAGAAGGAACCCCAUCAUCUGUUCUUGUGGGAUGGUGUGGCUGGAAGAGCGCUGGCUUGACACGGAUACAGUCGAUAAGAUGUCCACAUACGACUACGAUGUUGACGUAUGCACGACGUAUCCGUCCAUGAUCGUCAAACCGAUACGCAAGCUAUCCGACCGGGAAUUCAUGUGUCCAGUACCAUCUAACUGUCCCCCUGAAUGUGACUGUUUUGUUCUCAAAGAGGGGGGAUCUGUUUAUAUGACAGUGUGCAGAAACAACUUAACCGAUAUACCGCAGAAUCUGCCGCACGACUCGGAAUACUUGUACCUUGAUGGGAACAACUUUCACACCGUGGAGAAAAUUUCAAAGGGGUUUCACUACACAGAAAACAUUUUCCUUAAUAAUAGUGGCGUUGAGUCGUUUGGUGAGGAUGUGUUUAAAGACUUCGGCCAUGUGUUCGUCAUCGACCUUAGCUUUAACGAUUUAGAAGCAAUUCCAAAUUCCCUAUUUCAAGGACUAAACUAUUUGAAGGACAUUAAUUUAAAACACAAUCAUUUGACGCACAUUAGUAAAGGACUUUUGAAAAAUGUCCCGUCACUUCAAAACAUAGACAUAAGCGAUAACAACAUACAUCACAUCCUUCCAGAGAUGCUGCUUGACUUAGAUCAUCUCGACACAUUCCGAUGGAUUAGAUUGUCUGGCAACCCCUUGCUCUGUUCGUGUCCCAAUCAGGAGUUCCGUCUGUGGAUGGAAAGACACUCAAGCAGAGUAUACGACCGCAGGAACGUUAUGUGUGAAGGAGAAGAGAUACGUCGUGUUGACAUGGAUCGAUUCGAAUGUGAUGACCCCUUUCCUGAUGCUCUGAAAACGGCCGUGAUUGUUGCGUGCGUGGUGUCCGCAUUUCUGCCACUGAUCGUCCUACUUGUGUAUUGUCGUAAAGAGGUGUCCGCAGUAUGCUACGCGAGAUUCAUUCCCAUUUGUGACACCGGAACCGGAAGUGGUCACCACCAUACCGACCCGUGUAUAUACGACGCGGUGGUGUUGUAUGACACAUCCGAUCCCAAAUGUUUGUGGUGGAUUCAGAAAUCAUUGGUGCCAAAACUCACCGAGGGAAGGAGGAAGUUCAAACUGUAUAUCCUCAAGAAUGACAUCCUAUCUCGUGAGUCGGCCAUGUUUAACAUCCAGAAGAGUCACUGUACUAUAGCAAUUGUUAAUAACACGUUCCCACAAAACAGAUUUGCACUGGAAUGCUUCCGUCACUCGGCCACCCAGGACGUUGGCAACAAUGGAAACCAUCGUAUGAUUAUGGUCACGUGGGGGUUUAUUGACAAGAAGAAUAUGCCGCAAUGCCUGAGACAUUAUAUUGACAGGGAGAGAGUCCUGCCGGUGACAAGCACCUGUUUCUGGGACAAGCUGAUCCAGAAGUUACCGGACACCAGGUCCGGCCACAGGAGCCACGGAGAGGACAAUCCGGCUUACAACGUGGAGGAAAAUGCCUUGUGAUGCUUCCGAACAACAGGACAGGUACAAAAGGGAGGGAUAUUUUUUUAUAGUGAUAUCAAUAUUAUUUCGGAAACGGCAUCAAGCAUAUGGAAUGAACGAUGAAUUUUGUGUGUAAAAGAGAGCAUUUCUAUGCAUAUUUGUUCAAGUAUUUUCUGAAACAAAUAUUUGUUUGUGAAAAAUACCCUACAGUGAAUGUUUUGUGGUAGACAUUUUUUUUAUCGAUAAAAUACAAUCCACAUGAAGCGGCAUAAUCAAACAUGAUAAGAGCAUGCAGCAAUAUCGGAGACAUUAUGUUGGCCAGGACUGAAUCCUCCUCGUGGCAAGCACCUGUUUCUUGGACCUUUUAUGUAAUCAUGACAAUGUAUUCUUCAGUAAUUCAACAAACACAUGUUAAGAACUGCUUACCAUAUACUUCAAUAUAAAAUAACCAUCUUCAAAGAUCGUAUCCUGUAUUAAUAGUUCGCUUUUGGGUUCAAACAGAUAUACUCAUUUGAUUUACAGAAACAGAGACUGAUUAUUUAAUGAUAUAUGAGUCAGGUGAGGAAUGUGUGAAUAUCUAUUGCUUCUUGUGUUUCUUGUCCUCUUUUGAGGCAGCUGAGUGGUACUUGUGUCCAUUUGGAGACAAAAGGCGGUGUGUGGUUAAAACGUUCGCUCGUCACGCCGAAGGCCCGGGUUCGAUUCCCCACAUGAGUACAAUUUGUGGAAUGUCUUGAGAUGAGAUGUGUUGAGAUGAGUUAUUCGUCAGCAUUAAUUGCAGGAAAGCGGUUGUUUGAGAUGCGGAACGACUCAUGCAUAUUCAUUACAGUAACCAAGCAUGGCGGGGCAGUGAGGUAGCCUAGUGGUUGAAGCGUUCGCUCGUCACGCCGAGGACCCGGGUUCGAUUCCCGACAUGGGUACAAUGUGUGAAGCCCAUUUCUGGUGUCCCCCGCCGUUAAAUUGCUGGAAUAUUGCUAAAAGCGGCGUAAAACCAUACUCACUAAUUCACCAAGCAUGUUGUGUCGAGAAUGUUGGUCCUUAUCUGAAUAAUCUGGAAAAUGUAUUCGUACAAUCAGAUAGAGCAUAGUAUUAACAUGAAUAAAAUAAUACA